AUGCCCAUCCGUUCCCGUGAACCUGCACAAAGGCCAAGUUUGUUUGACCGUCAAAGACCACUGCAUGCAGUUCUUGGCGGAGGAAAGCUUGCUGAUAUAUUGCUAUGGAAAGACAAGGUAUCAUCGGCAACAAUUGUAGCUGGGUUCUCGAUCAUUUGGUUCCUCUUUGAAGUGGUCGAAUACAACUUUCUUACUCUUCUUUGUCACGUCCUCAUGGCCAUUAUGCUCAUCCUAUUUGUAUGGUAUAAUGCAGCUGGACUUAUCACAUGGAGCCUGCCUCAAAUCUAUGAUUUUCAAAUCCCCGAACCCACCUUUAGAUUCUUGUUUCAAAAGCUCAACUCGUUCUUGAGGAAUUUUUAUGACAUCUCAACUGGAAAAGACCUAACACUCUUCUUUGUGACAAUUGCGGGUCUCUGGAUCCUGUCAGCUAUUGGCAAUUACUUUACCACUUUGAAUCUUCUAUAUAUAUUGUUCGUCUGCUUGGUGACCAUUCCCAUUAUGUACGAGAGAUAUGAACAUGAGGUGAAUUAUCUAGCAAGCAAAGGAAACCAAGACGUGAAGAGAUUGUUCAACACGUUAGAUACUAAAGUUCUGAACAAGAUUCCAAGGGGACCUGUGAAACAAAAGAAGAACAAAUGA